AUGGACGCGUCGCCGUCGACGUCGAGCCCCAUCGCGGGGACGUCGUGGUCCGACGUCUCGACCGCGGGCGAGAGUUCGAGCGGGCGCGCGAUGCGAGAGGCGUCGAGACCGCCCGAGGCGUGGCGCCGAGCGUUUAAAAAAAUAUUCGUCGAACGACGCGACGACGACGCGAGCGCGCGCGCGUUCGCCCCGGACGACGUCUUACACUUCGUGAGCGCGGUGGAUCACUCGACGUUCGUGAAGCGGUGGAAACCGGGGAUGACGGAGGAUUUCGAGUCCGCGAGGUACGGUGGGGUGGAUUGGGCGGAGACGUUCAAGCUGAACGCGUGCGCGGCGAGCGCGUACGUCGUGGUGGUCGGACAGUUCACAGAGAAGGAUCGAGGGGAUCUGGCGACGACGGUGAUCGCGCGUGCGUUCGCGUCACCGCAUAGGACGGAGCUGGACGAACGCGGGACGGCGGUGACGACGGCGGGGACGUAUCCGUUGAUGUGCUUUACGUUUGACGAACCGGCGACGUUGGACGCGCGCGCGGGACGCAUGGUGUACGUGACGCUCAGGCGCGUGCGAGACGCGAGGUCGAGCUCGGGAGCUGCGAGCGGGACGAUGCGGUCGGGAAAAGUCGACGACGGCGGUCAGGAUUCCGACAUCGUCUUUUCCACGCACGCCGCGCUCACGGGGGAGACGCCGACCAAGCUCGGGCGAGCGCUCAUCGGCGCGCCGCCGCCGAAGACGUCUUUUCUCUCAAUGUCCCCGGCGCGCAUGCUCGCGAGUCCGGUACGCCACGUCGUCAAAGGACUCUUCGGAAUAGCGAAUUCACCCGUGGGUGGCGGCACGCGCGACGUUCGCCCGGGCGUUGAGCUCUACCCCGCGGGCGACGGCAAGUACGUCCUGCGCUCCGUCAUCGCUCCGUGCGCCGACGUGGUGUACGACAUCGCCACCUCACUCGACCGUUUCCUCCUCUCGUGA